AUGGCGACGGCGGAGAACUUGUUCCCCGAUCUUCAUCACAAGAUGAGCAAGAAGAUCGCACAGCUGACCAAAGUGAUCUAUCAUCUCAACUCUAAGAACGAAGACCACACGGACGAUCUCAAUGCGCUGGCAGACGCGUAUGAAACUGAGAUCGAUGGGAUCUUGAAAGAUGCCUACACGAAGAUCAACAAGUUCAAGGAGAAGCUGGAGGAGAGGAAGGAAGUUGAUCGGCAGCAGCAAGCUGUGGAUGAGUUCAAAAAGCAGCAUGAGAAAGAAAAAGCGGAAGCGAUUGAGGCGUUUGAGAACUUCAAGGCGAGUGCCAAGGCGAGGGAGAAAGAGCUCAAGGCCGGGUAUGAGGAUCGCAUCAACAAGAUGGUCAAGGAGAUGGACAGUAUGAAGGCUGAGUUCAAGAAGCGUGUCGACGAGUUCAACAAUGCAGUCAAGAAGCUUGACUCCCAAGGUGGGGAGCAGGUGGAGGAGAUGAGAAGGAAGCAUGCGCAAGAGAUCAGCGAUCAUGUCAAGCAAGCAAACGCCAAGUACAACGAGAUGCUGAAGGAGAGACUGGAUGAGGAGGAGCGGCUGCGACAGGAGCUCGAGAAUGCGCUGAAGAAGGCCAUGAAGGACGCGGAGGCAGAGAUGUCGAAGAAGCUGAAGAUGGCGACGGCCGAGGUCGAGCAGAGCAAGCUCGAAGAACUGGAGAAACUUCGGAAGAAGCACGAUAUGCUGAACAUGGGACUAGAGGAGGAUGCGAAGCGCAAGCAGAAGCAGCUGCAGGAUGAGUUGGAUGAGGCUCGGUCUCGGGCGAGCGAGCUGGCGGCGAAGUUGCAGGAGAUGACGGGAGAACGAGAUGGGCUAGCGAGAGACUUGAAGAGUCUGGAAGGAACGGCGGCUCAGCUGAGAAAGGACCUUGAAGCCUCUUCGAAGGAGUCGGAAGAAACCAUCCGUAAGCUCAAGGAGGAGGCAAAAAAAAGCGCGCAACAGGCCCAGGAGGCGAUGGCAGAGGCGAGGAAGGAGAUCGAGAAGCUGAAGGAGGAGCUGAAGAAGGCGAUGGAAGAUGGUUCCAAGAGCAAGGAGGGCGACAUCAAGGAGAUCGAGCAGCUGAAGAAGAAGGUGGAGGAGGCGGAGGCGGAGAAGAAGAAGCUUCAGGCGCGACUUGAGGAGGAGAUGAAGAAGGGGGCAGAUGAACUGAAGCAGAAGCUUGCGGACAAGGACAAGUUGAUUGCAGAUAAGGACAAAAUUAUCGCAGAGAAAGAGGGGAAGAUCAAGGAGCUCUCGCAGAUGCUGAAAGAUGGAGAGAAGUCGCAGGGAGAGCGCGAGAAAGACUUCCAGAAACGAUUGACGGAGGCAGAGAAGGAGAUGAAGAGCAAGUUGGCGGACAAGGAGAAGGAGCUCAAGUCUCUGGAGGGUCAGGUGUCCAAGUUGCAAUCAGAGCUAGAGGCCGCCAGGAAGAGCAGCGAACAAGCUGUGGAGAAGCUCAACAGCGAGAUCGCCAAGUUGAAGAGCAGGAGGGACGAGCUGGCGGAUCGGCUCAGUGCCGCUGAAGCCGAAGCCAAGGACGGGAAGCAGGGGAUGGAGAAGAAGGUGAAGCAGCUAGAGGAGGAGCUCCUCCUCCGGCAGAAGGAGAUCGAGCAGCUGCAGGACAAGCUGACUCAGCUGGAGAGAGAGCUGGAGGGGUCGAGGAAGGAGAGCGAGGGCAGGAAGCAGACGAUCGUGGAGCUGGAGAAAAAGAUGCAGGAGACGUCUGGGGAGAUAGCGGAGAAGCUCAAGAAGAGCGAGGCGGAGGUGGAGAAGCUGAGAAAAGAGCUCGCGGAGGUCAAGAAGGCGAUGGAGAGCCAGCUGUCUGCCCAGGAGAAGGCCAGCAAGGACUCGACGGAGGCUCUUCGGAGAGAGCUGUACAGCGUGACGGAGGAGAAAGACAAGCUGAAGGCAAGGCUAACGAUGAUGGAAAAAGAGAUGGCCGAUAGCACCGUCAAUGCAAGCAAGGAGGUCAAGCGGCUGAAGGAGGAGCUGGAUGGAAUGAUCAAGAAGAAGCUUGAGCUGGAGAAAGAGCUCGCCAAGGAGAAGGCGAAGAAAGCUGACGAGCUCAAGGCUAAGCUGGAGGAGGCGACAGCCAAGAUCGCAGAGCUGGAGGAGAAGAGGGAACUUCUGGAGUCGCAAAUCAGGCAGAUGAAGGAGGAGGCGGAGAGAAAGGCGGAGGAAGCAGAGCGGAGGUUUCAGGAGGAGCUGGACAGGAGGAUGCAGGAGCUGAAGGAGGAGCUGCUGUCUGCCAGCAGCAAGGAUGCACAGAAAGCGCUGCAGGAGCUGAAGGAGAGGCUGGAGAGGAACAGGGAGGAGGCGAUUGCUGCGAUGAAGCAGCAGCACGAGGAGGAGGCUGAGAGGAUCCGAGGGGAGGGGAAGAGUGCGAUCACGCGGCUGGAGGAGGAGAUGGCGGAGCAGGGGAAGCGAUUCGGGGCGGAGAAGGCGAAGAUGAAGGAGGAGGCGGAGAAGGAGACGGUGAGGCAGGUGGCGAAGAGGGAGGAGGAGUUGAAGCGGACGUACGACAAGGAGCUCCAGGAGCGAGGAGCUGAGAUGGAGGCGCUAAAGGACGCACACCGCAAGGAGACGGAGGAGGGGAAGGCGCGCGCGGCGAAGGAGCUGGAGGAGGAGAAGAAAGGCUCCGCGGAGAAGCUCUUGGCGGAGAGCAAGAGGAUGGAGGAGAAGCACAGGCAGGAGAUGGAGGAGACGUGCAGCAAUCUUAAGAAGGAGCACCAGGACCGCGAACAGAGGAGCUCAGAAGAGCACAGGAGCGCGAUGGAAGGGAAGGAAGCUCAGCUCGGGGAGGCGUGGGAGAGGAUCCGUACGCAGGAUGAAUCCCUGUCUGCACUGGAGGAGGAGAUUCGGAGGACGAAGAAGACGUUGGCGGAGAGGGAGGAGGAGCUGCAGGCGGAGAUAGACAAGGGGAGGAGAGAACUGGCGGAGCAGAGAGCAGCGCUGCUGGCGAAGAGCAAGGAGGAGGUGGACGCGCUUGUGAACGAGCACCUCGAGGAGACGGUUGGGCUGCAGCGAGAGUUCCAGAGUGCGCAGGAGCUGCUGCAGGAGCGGUGCAGGCAGCUGGAGGCGGAGCUGGAGGCGAUCACGAUGAAGUUCAACAACAGGGCAUCCAGGGAGGAGGAUCUGGAGAAGAUAAGAGAGCUUGAAGAUGAGAUCGUUCAGCUGGGGAACAAGACCAAGAAGAUGGAGGAGGAGAUGAAGUUCUACAAGCUGGAGCUGAUCAACAGGGAGGAGAAUUUCAACCACAAGUUCGGUGGUGGACCUCAGGUGGGAGUGAUGGACCCGCUGGCGUGGGGGAAGAAGAAGGAUGAGAAGACCAAGCUGCCAGCCCUCAGCAACUCCAACGCGAGGAGGACUGGGUCGUUCGGAAGUCGAUGAGGAUGAGGAAGAGGAGGAGGGGGGCAGAUCAACGGAAGCUAGGAUGAGAUUUGGUGGUGUAUGGUGUUUGAUGUGAUGUGAUGGCUUCCUUGUUGUGGUUAUCUUGUCCUCUUUGCCAACUAACCUGGUGAGGUUUCCUUACACCUCGUGUAUCUAUAGUGAUUUCACAUGUUUGUUCUGUUGUCAUGAUGGUACAUUUACAGUUUUUGCAUCAAUACAGCGGACGUUAACAU